CCCCCCCCCAAUUGAGUGAGGAUGGGCGCGUGUACGACGUGCACACGCGCCGACUGGCAAAAGACUUGCGUUCAUGUACUGAUUGCAUCAUUUUCACUGGGCGACAUCAGUUUGUAGCGGGGGUUUAUAGUCCCAACAACCGGAGGGACAACUUUAUACAACACUAAUUUAUAACGUAUACAUGGGCUAACUUGUCCCAAUCCGUCUAUGCAAUAUGCCCGUUCGAAAAUGUUAAUAAAAACAAAUUAUAUUCAAUAAAUGAACACAUUUUGUUUUGUAAUUGUGUAGGUAUAGUUUGAGGUAAUUUUGCUGCGCUCCUAUGAUAAAUGUACACAUGGCGGGAAAGUAAUAAAUGGAGAAUUAACUGCACGUAGUGUUCACGACUUGGACGCGUGCCAUUCACUCUGUUGAGUGUUGUUGUGGUAUUUUGCCAUGUGCGUUUAUGAUAUCCUACUACGGAAUCGCGCUCUAUUCUAACCCACAUUCCCGCUCGUAUUUUCGCUGAUGUUUUGCCCGGGAAGACAUUAGUGCUUGUUCAAGUUGUUUUCGCUGCCUUGCUCUUUGGAUUUCAUACAGUUUGUUUCGUCAACAGAAAGUGUCUGGCAAGAUGUUUUCCAUAUCAAGAAUCAAGAAGUUGGUUUCCAUGUUCUUUGUGGUGCUGUGUUUUCAAUAUGUCAUCAUCUACAUGUACAUCUAUGCUCAGUCCAGCGUUCCUUACAAACACAAGCUUGUCCCACGCCAUGUCACUACCAAGGAAAUUCGUGGGCCGACGUACCACAUCCACGAAGUCGAUCCCAUGCCCCUUGGAAUGCGUGAAAGAUACGAGAGUCGUAGGCUGCUAGUAGAAAGCAACCAUCCCAAGCUGAUCUCACGACGAGAAAUUCUGAAUGAAUAUCGGCAUUCUUCAUCGGCGCAGGUGGUUGAUGAAUCUGGUAGAUUCACCUCGCUUGAGCAGGAGACUAACAGGGGAGAGACGCUUCAAUGUGGGACAUGCUCCCUUGUCUCAAAUUCAGGUCACAUUCUCGGCUCUAGACUAGGAGAUGAGAUUGAUGAGGGGGAUUGUGUCUUCAGAUUAAAUGCCGCACCAACCUUGGCUUAUGAACUGGAUGUGGGGCGUAGGACUACUGCUAGAGUUGUAUCCCAAGGAGGUCUGCAAGAGGUUAUAGCCAAUGCAAGUACCCUAUUGGACAAUCAUCCAUCCUUGUCGACUGUGUUCAUCCAUGGACCUGAUCACGUCUUCUCAUUUGGUUCUCUGCCAAAGUUAGUCAGUCAUCUGUCCAGCAAGUAUCCCAAGCUAGACUUCUACAAACCUUCCAGUCUUGUCAACAGUGAAAUGAAUGCCGACUAUGAGAGGUACACCGGCAAAACAAGGAUAUCGUCAGGUACAGAGUUUUCUUCCGGUUUUCAUGCUCUGCAGAUCAUGAAGGAUGUUUGUAGUGAUAUUAAAGUUUAUGGGAUGUCACCACAAGACUAUUGCAGGUUGAACCCGGACAGUACAGUCCCAUACAGUUACUUCAAGACCCCAUCACUACCAGAAUGUAUGGUGUAUGACUACCAUGAGAAUAUUGAACAUGGAGGACAACGAUUAGCAACUGAGAGAUGCGUCUUCAGCAACUGGGCAAAGAAAAACAGCAUCAACUUCUACAGUCCUACAUGGAAAUAAACAACUGGGUAUUUCAUAUUUCAAGCUGAUCUUUUGUUUUGAUAAUUGCUUUCAUUUACUUGAAUCAUAUGUUGGUUGGGGCCUAGAAACCCACUGUACAAUCAUAUAGAGGUAUCUGUGUGUAGUCAAGGGGAAAAGGUAGUAGUAUUUGAUGGUUUUUAGUUGUUGUUUUUUAAUUUUUCCCAAAAAAAGCAGGGUAGGGGCUGGCAAAAUAGGGUAGGUAGAGUAAACGGAAGCAGAACUAUUACUUUUUUGGCUUACUCAAACAGAUAAAUGGUUGCAAGUAACUGUGAGAAACAAGUUGUAUCACUGCGAUGUGCGCUAUGGUUGACUGAGUAUGGUAGAUUAUAUUCAUUAGCGUCACUCGUCGUGUUUUGGCGUGGGUCUCGGUAUCGGCCAAUGGAAGCCGGCAAAAAGGGCGAUAUUUAUCAAUUAAUAACUCGUCCUGCUGGACAUGAAACUGAGCGUUUGAUGUUGCAGUUCUCAUUGUGCAAAGCUAGUGCGCUGGCAGGUUCCACAAGCAUGCACAACAUGCGCAGUGAAUGCUGUGCAAUAUCACCCUCAGUGUUUGGCUGCCCUAAACCAAUGAAAUUACAGUAUCUAAGCGCACGAUAAAACAAUUAUAUUUAAUUGACGCUUGAAGCCCAAUGAAAAACAACCAGUAUUGAAAUACAUGUACAUAUACCAACUCAUUGCUGUGUCACAGCAUUUGACAGUUUGAUAUGCAUGGGCUGUGUUAAGCCUUGAUGUCUUGAGCUUCAUCAUGCCAAAGAAGGACCAAGUCUGGUGAAAAUCUUGAAGAGCCUAAUUUGCCAACAUUGCAUCACUGAACUUACCAGAAAAUUACUAGCCAGUAUAUCCUGCUCCAUCCACUAAUAAGCCAUUUGCGAGACUAUGCAAGAGCUUGCCCUGAAUCAUGUGAUAAGCAACAGUGUCUUUGGUCUGGACAAAAUCAAAGUUAAAAUGUUCCAAGCAUUCUGAGCAAGUCAUUACACCAGAUUUUGUUUUUCACAAAACUCUAUUGUCAAGGAAUCUCAGUGUUUUGAUUCCUCUGAAUUGAAGUCAUUACUUUGGAGAGCAAGAAAUCAGCCAUUACUGUGUGUAUGAAAGACGUAAAGUAGAGAACUUGUGUUUUGGUUAACUUUUUGAAAAUCUGCACAUCAAUGCAAUAUGUUUUUUUUCUGGGAGGGGGGGGGUGAACAUUUUAUUGAGUUACUUUUUGUCCUUUAAAGUUUGUUUUGGUUAUUUUUGUUUAACUGUUCCCUUAUUGGUUUUUGUAUUUUUUCUUUUAAUGAGUUGUAUAAAGCCUUGAUCGUUGUGUGAAAUAUUAACAGUAUUUCCGUCUAAACAAGUUCUUGUCGCAAGUUUGCAAAACUUGUUGAAAAAAUUAUUUAUUGUGGAAAAUGUGAAAAAUGAUCUGAAGCCUAAAAGUGCUAAGCACAAUGAGGGUUUCAUGUAAAUAGUGUAAAUAGUAUUAGCAGUGUUUAGACUAGUGCCAGCUCUUGGAUAACACUUUGAUUGCAUUCUAGAUGUAGAAACAAAGUUUAAAAUACUUUUUUAGCCAAUAAGAUGUUGUUGUGGAACCUUGGUUAUUAGCAUCAUAUUAGUAUUUUCAGUACUUUUUAUUUCAUGGACUGCAGCUUCUUUGACAACAAAUUGUAGUAAAACCUUGAAUCAUCUUUUUUUAUUGCAGAAACGUUGGUAAUCAUAAAUUGUUGAUGAUAGGUGAAUGGUUUGCUUUCGUUGACAGACAUUUUUUUUUUUUUUAAAUACAAGUAUGUGUUCAAUGCUUGUAGGAAACCCAUGCAUGUUGCCUUUUUAUUUGCAAAUUUCAGCUUUGAUUUGUGUUAUUGCUCUACUACAGAGGAGAAGUGGCCUAUGAUUCUUUGGAUUCAGUUGCGUGAAUAUGACUGUUUUUGCAAAGAUAACUGCACAAUUUACAAACAAUUCUCAAAGCAGAUUUUUAAUGAAAUUAUAUUUAUUUUAAACAAUAUCAGAGUGAAGAUAUUGCGAAUGUUAUGAAAAUGGUAGAGUUUGCCAGUUUAGUUUAUCCAUUUGCAUUAAUGAUAUUUGCAAUCUCUUUGGGAAGAAUUCCAUAGGUGGAUAUCACUAAUUUGUCCCUGCAGUGACCUAUCAGCCAUCAGAAAGCGAUAACAUGCCCUAAAAAGUCAGAUUUAGCAUGGAAAAUAUGAAAGCAAGUACUGAAAAACAAAACACCUGGAAUUUUUUAGAAUAGUUUGAUAGGGUUUGUACAUAGGGUGUAGAGUGAUGUGAAGGUAUGGAACUCUUUCGAUCUCUUUACUUUGGUGUUAUUAAGAGUUUCGAAAUUCUUAAAGAUCUUUUUCUUUUUUUUUCAACUUUAGUUUGUAUACAUGUACUAGACUUGGACAAGGAUAAUCUAUUCCGGUGUCAGAGUCUCCAUUCUGUCCAUGUCUGGUCUCAGACUGAUCUCUAUCACUUGUAUUGAAGGUUUUACUUAUAAAAUGAAAAACAAACUACGGAGGCUAGGUUUCAUUAUGUAAUAUUGAAUCUUUUGAUCAGUCACAGUAGCCCCAAUGCAUAGUUGUGCAGUUUUGCAAUUUUGCAAGUGAAGUAGUUGAAAGGAUUCUUUAGUUUGACUUAAAAAAUUAGAUAAUUACUGAUCAACUUGUAUGUUCCUCUAUAAACUUGAAGUGAUAAGUGACAUCUCUACUUGUUAAUGUUUACAACCUGUAACAUUUUGCUAAAACAAUGCAAAGUUAAAAUUGAAAUUUUAUUUGUAGGUUUUGUUUGUAUGUUUAAAAUAACUGGAAAAUGUUGAAUUGAUGUUAACAAUUAAUUUGUGUCCAACAAUAAGGGAAGGGCAUCUAUUGCAGCAAAAGUUUAUUGAUCCUAGUUCACGUAUGCAGCUACAAACGAACAUUUACAAGACACUGCUUAAUACUUUGUCUUGAAAGAAAGUGUACAUAAUAUAUUUUCGAAGCUGUCCUUUAUUAGUAAAUAAAGCAGCCGUUUGAAAAACAA